GAUCGUUCACACGUUGAGCGUUUGCCAUUGUUGCUAGUUUGCAGCUAUGUCUGUAGUUGCUCGCUACUCCAUUCUGCUAGGUGCACACACUCAAGAGUUAUAUUACGAAAUUUUUGUACACAAAUACAUUUAUUUUUAUAGAUAUUGGACUCAACAACAUCCUGAGGUUUAUAUUCUAAUUCUGCCAGGAUUUGGUAUCAUUAGUCAUAUUGUCUCUACCUUUUCAAGAAAACCCGUAUUCGGUUAUCUAGGCAUGGUGUACGCCAUGAUUAGUAUUGGAGUUCUUGGAUUUAUUGUAUGGGCUCAUCACAUGUUUACUGUAGGUUGCACUCAUUAGAAUAAAAA